GUAAAACAAAACAGCAUAUGAAAUUUCGAUGGCGGUUGCCUGCUCUCUGGAGCAGUUGAACGGAAGGAGCCAUGAUCAGCCGCCGCUUAAAUAAACCAUGCGUCCAUUAACUCUCCAGCACUUGAAAAGCCUCGUCAUUAUCCGAACUGCACUCAAGAAGUCCAAAUACACGUCCUCCCUUACGUUGUCAAUCAAUGCCGUUAAAAAAUUGCAUACCAUACUUGAGCAAGAGAAAUUCUCUUCUUCCACUUCUUCUCUUCGGUAUAUAUUUCUAUGCCUGCUUUUAGUCCGCAGACACAACAAAUUCACAAGAUUACAGCAAUUUCUAUCUUUUAAUUUGUUCGUUUUGGGAGUUAGAUAAAGUGGAGAAAGGAAAUGGGUUGGAGAGGGAUUUUGGGUUUUGAUUAUGGAAUUGUACAGGCACCUUUGGGACCUGAUAUUUCUGGUCCUGAGCUCGUAGCUGCUGUGGCUAAUGCUGGUGGACUUGGCUUCCUUAGAGCUCCCGAUUGGGAAUCACCUGAUUACUUGCGGGGAUUGAUAAGAAAAACUCGAACUUUAACUGACAAACCCUUUGGAGUUGGAGUUAUUCUGGCAUUUCCCCACGAGGAAAAUUUGAAGGCUAUACUGGAUGAGAAGGUUGCAGUUUUGCAAGUUUAUUGGGGGGACUGUUCAGAGGAGCUUGUGCUCAAGGCUCAUCAGGCUGGAGUCAAGGUUGUUCCCCAAGUUGGGAGUGUUGAAGAUGCCAAAAAAGCCAUCAGUGUUGGUGUUGAUGCAAUUAUUGUCCAAGGAAGAGAAGCUGGAGGGCAUGUAAUUGGUCAGGAAGGCUUAAUUUCCCUGUUGCCAAGAGUAGUUGAUCUUGUUGGCAAUCAUGAUAUGCCUGUAAUUGCUGCUGGUGGUAUUGUUGAUGCGCGUGGCUAUGUUGCUGCUCUGGCCCUUGGUGCUCAAGGGGUCUGUCUAGGCACCCGGUUUGUUGCAACUGAGGAGAGCUAUGCUCAUCCAACAUACAAGAGGAAAUUGGUUGAUCUCGACAAAACUGAGUAUACAAAUGUGUUUGGUCGAGCCAGGUGGCCUAAUGCGCCGCAACGUGCUCUUGUAACACCUUUCUUCAAUGACUGGAAAUCUCUCCCACCUCAUGAGAAUGAGGUCAAUCAACCUGUCAUCGGGCAUGCAACAAUAAAUGGCGAGGAAAAAGAGAUUCGCCGUUUAGGGGGCACGGUUCCGAAUGUGACAGCAACUGGUGACAUAGAAAGCAUGGCAAUGUAUGCUGGUCAAGGUGUUUGCCUUAUUAAUGAAAUUCUGCCUGCAAGUGAAGUGGUUAAAAGGCUAGUCAAUGGAGCUCAACAGCUCAUCCUCAAAGAAUUCAGUAGCCUGUAGUUCAAGCAUGGCUAGCCUAGCUAUAGUUGCAAUAUUAUGCAUAAACUGAAACCAAAUUUGAAUAUCGUAACAGAUACCUUUAUUUGAAAUAAUAAAUUUUGUUAAAUAUUUAAUUUAA